CACACUCACACACAAACACACGCGCGCGCGCAUACACACACACACACACACAUACACGCAUACACACACAUACACACAAACAAACAAUAAUUUCCACCGAACAGAGUGAGAGCGAGCUUGGAAUGUGUGUGAUGUGCUCUUAGUGAAGCCCCGGAUGUAGUCAGGAUGUGCUGUGAGAAAGAGGGAGGUAGAGAGGAUCAGUUACUUGCGUUUUAUAGUAAUAAUGGGGAUCAGGUAAUAAAUCGCUUUUUGUGGAAGAAAAAUUUGGCCUAUUUAAAUGGUGAAUGAAAACAAAAGGAUGUAUAUUCCCGAGGAAAACCAUCAAGAUAUUUUUAUUCCAGGCACCAAUUAUGGUAACAGGCGGGCAGUCCUUACACAUGGCCUUCCCAAUGCCAAUACAGACGGUCUGGCUCCAGAGCACAUACCAAGUCCGGGGGCUGCCCUGUCGUGGCAGGCAGCAAUCGACGCGGCCAGACAAGCCAAAGCCGCUGCGAUGAUGGGCAACAAUAUGGUCUCUACAGUCAACUCAACCCAAAGGAAAAGACAACAGUACAGCAAGCAGAAAAAACAAGUUAACGCUGCGACCACACGGCCACCACGGGCUCUCUUCUGUUUGACACUGAAGAACCCUGUAAGGCGAGCAUGUAUCAAUAUAGUCGAAUGGAAGCCAUUCGAAAUAAUUAUUCUUCUAACUAUUUUCGCUAAUUGUGUGGCCUUAGCAGUCUACAUACCGUUCCCAGAAGACGACUCGAAUGCAACCAAUUCCAACCUGGAGCAAGUGGAAUAUCUGUUUCUCAUCAUUUUUACAGUGGAAGCAUUUUUGAAAGUAAUAGCUUAUGGACUUCUCUUUCACCCCAAUGCGUACCUCAGGAAUGGCUGGAAUUUACUAGAUUUCAUUAUAGUGGUUGUAGGGCUUUUUAGUGCUAUUUUAGAGCAAGCAACCAAAUCAGACGGAGUUAACCCAAUUGGAGGUAAAGCUACUGGAUUUGAUGUCAAAGCUCUAAGGGCAUUCAGAGUCCUACGACCGUUACGCCUUGUGUCGGGGGUUCCUAGCCUCCAGGUGGUAUUAAACUCAAUCAUCAAGGCUAUGGUCCCAUUGUUACACAUUGCUUUGUUGGUGCUGUUUGUAAUUAUCAUCUAUGCCAUUAUAGGAUUAGAACUCUUCAUGGGUAAAAUGCACAAAACCUGCUUUAAGAAUGGAACAGAAGUAGCAGCCGACGAUGACCCUGCACCCUGCAGCUUAAAUGUCGGAAGUGGCCGUCACUGUUCAAAUGAAACAUUCUGCAAAAGUGGAUGGGUCGGCCCUAAUGAUGGAAUUACUAAUUUUGAUAAUUUUGCCUUUGCUAUGUUAACCGUCUUUCAGUGCAUCACCAUGGAGGGCUGGACUGAUGUGUUAUACUGGAUGCAGGACGCCAUGGGCUAUGAGUUACCUUGGGUCUAUUUUGUGAGCCUGGUCAUCUUUGGAUCCUUUUUCGUUUUAAAUCUGGUUCUUGGUGUGUUAAGUGGCGAGUUUUCCAAAGAGAGGGAGAAGGCCAAGGCCCGUGGAGAUUUUCAAAAACUAAGGGAAAAACAACAGUUAGAGGAAGACCUCAAAGGUUAUCUAGACUGGAUUACCCAAGCUGAAGACAUCGAUCCAGAAAAUGAAGAUGAAGGAAUGGAUGACGAUAAACCUAGAAACCUGAGCAUGCCUACCAGUGAAACAGAAUCUGUGAACAAUGAAAAUGUGGCUGGUGCAGAAUUAGAAGAUUUGAAUUGCUGUGCGAGACUUGGGCACAGAAUUUCCAAGUCGAAGUUCAGUCGAUAUUGGCGAAGGUGGAAUCGAUUUUGCAGGCGAAAAUGUCGCGCUGGAGUGAAGUCAAAUGUAUUUUAUUGGCUUGUAAUAUUUCUAGUUUUCCUCAACACCCUUACUAUUGCUUCUGAGCACUACAACCAGCCCAAGUGGCUAACCCUUGUUCAAGAUACAGCAAAUAAAGUUCUUCUGGCACUUUUCACCGGUGAAAUGCUACUUAAGAUGUACAGUCUUGGAUUACAAGCUUAUUUUGUAUCACUUUUUAACCGUUUUGACUGCUUCAUUGUAUGUGGGGGGAUCCUUGAGACUAUUCUAGUGGAGACCAAGAUUAUGUCCCCACUUGGCAUUUCAGUGCUUCGCUGUGUGCGACUUCUACGGAUAUUUAAAAUUACAAGGUACUGGAAUUCCUUGAGUAAUCUGGUGGCCUCUCUUUUGAACUCAGUCCGGUCAAUUGCUUCUUUGUUACUGCUCCUCUUCCUUUUUAUCAUAAUUUUUUCUCUCCUGGGCAUGCAACUUUUUGGAGGAAAGUUCAAUUUUGAUGAGAUGGAACCUAAACGGAGUACGUUUGAUAACUUUCCUCAGUCCCUUCUCACUGUUUUCCAGAUCCUGACUGGUGAAGACUGGAACUCAGUGAUGUAUGAUGGGAUACUGGCCUAUGGAGGACCAUCUUUUCCAGGGAUGUUGGUCUGCAUUUACUUCAUCAUUCUCUUCAUCUGCGGGAACUAUAUACUUCUAAAUGUAUUUUUGGCCAUUGCUGUGGACAAUCUGGCAGAUGCUGAAAGUUUGACUUCUGCCCAGAAGGAGGAGGAAGAAGAAAAAGAACGCAGAAAACUAGCAAGGAACUCAAGUCCAGAGAAAACAACAGAUAUUGAAAAGAAGCCCAUAGAUGAAGAAAAGAAAGAAGAAAAAAUUGAGCUAAAGACAAUCACUGCAGAUGGAGAUGUGCCACCUGCUACAAAGAUUGGAUUGGAUGACUACCAGGUUGAAGAGAAUGAAGAGAAAAAUCCUUACCCAUCCAAUGAAUUUCCAGGUGAUGAUGACGAAGAUGAACCAGAAAUGCCAGUCGGACCACGCCCUCGUCCUCUUUCCGAACUACAUAUAAAAGAGAAGGCUGUCCCCAUGCCUGAUGCUAGUGCUUUUUUUAUCUUCAGUACCACUAACAGGUUCCGAGUGCUAUGCCACAGAAUCGUCAAUGACAACAUUUUUACAAAUCUCAUCCUAUUCUUCAUCUUAUUGAGCAGUAUUUCUCUCGCAGCAGAAGAUCCUGUACAUCAGGACACCAAAAGAAACCAAGUCCUUACCUAUGCAGAUUAUGUCUUCACUAGUAUCUUUACAGUGGAAAUUAUAUUAAAGAUGACCGCCUAUGGGGCUUUCAUUCACAAGGGUUCCUUCUGCAGAAAUUACUUCAACAUACUUGACCUGGUGGUGGUUAGCGUCUCUCUCAUUUCUUUUGGAAUGCACUCCAGUGCAAUAGCAGUGGUGAAGAUACUGAGAGUGCUACGAGUAUUGCGACCUUUGAGAGCCAUUAAUAGAGCAAAGGGAUUGAAGCACGUUGUUCAGUGUGUGUUUGUGGCCUUAAGGACUAUCGGUAAUAUCGUAAUAGUGACCACAUUAUUACAGUUCAUGUUUGCAUGUAUUGGAGUACAGCUUUUCAAGGGUAAAUUGUACAGGUGUACUGAUGAAUCCAAACAGAAGGAAUUUGAAUGCAGAGGCCAGUAUAUUUUGUACAAAGAUGGGGAUGUAAAUCAGCCUAUGAUAAAAGAUCGAGAAUGGAAGAAUAGUCCAUUCGACUUUGAUAGUGUUCCCUCUGCUAUGAUGGCCCUGUUCACUGUAUCUACUUUUGAAGGGUGGCCACAGUUGCUUUAUCGGGCUAUUGAUUCUCAUACAGAGGACACUGGUCCCAUUUACAACUACAGAGUGGAGAUAUCCAUAUUUUUCAUUAUUUAUAUCAUUGUUAUUGCCUUCUUCAUGAUGAAUAUCUUCGUGGGUUUCGUCAUUGUCACAUUUCAGGAACAGGGAGAACAAGAAUACAAAAACUGUGAGCUGGACAAAAAUCAGCGGCAAUGUGUGGAAUAUGCCCUCAAGGCUCGGCCUCUACGUCGCUAUAUCCCAAAGAAUCCUUAUCAAUACAAAGUGUGGUAUGUGGUUAAUUCCACAUACUUUGAAUACCUGAUGUUUGUCCUUAUAUUGCUGAACACUAUUUGCUUGGCAAUGCAGCACCACGGCCAGUCACCGAUUUUUAGCCAAGCCAUGGAUGUCCUUAAUAUGCUUUUCACCGGACUCUUCACAGUUGAAAUGAUUUUGAAGCUAAUCGCUUUCAAGCCCAGAGGUUACUUUAGUGAUCCCUGGAAUGUUUUUGACUUCCUCAUCGUAAUUGGCAGCAUUAUAGACGUCAUUCUGAGUGAGAUCAAUCCAGCUGAAAAUAACCCAUCCACUUCCACCCCCAUGGUAAGAAAAGGUGUUCUUCAGAACUCAGAUGAGAACUCGAGGAUUUCCAUUACCUUCUUCCGUCUUUUUCGAGUAAUGCGCUUGGUGAAACUGCUCAGUCGAGGCGAGGGAAUCCGAACUUUGCUUUGGACCUUUAUCAAAUCAUUUCAGGCACUACCAUACGUUGCUCUUUUGAUAGUUAUGCUAUUUUUCAUCUAUGCUGUGAUUGGAAUGCAGGUAUUUGGUAAGAUUGCCAUUGAUGAUGAGACUCAAAUUAACAGGAACAACAAUUUCCAAACCUUUCCACAAGCUGUUCUGUUGCUCUUCAGAUGUGCUACAGGGGAAGCCUGGCAGGAGAUCAUGUUAUCAUGUCUCCCAGGAAAACCUUGCGAAAGAGAGUCACCACUUCAAGAGCAAGAUUUCAACUGUGGAACCUAUUUUGCUUUUUUUUAUUUUGUUAGUUUCUACAUGCUGUGUGCCUUCUUGAUCAUUAACCUUUUUGUGGCUGUAAUCAUGGAUAACUUUGACUAUUUAACGCGUGAUUGGUCUAUUCUUGGUCCUCAUCAUCUGGAUGAAUUUAAGAGAAUCUGGGCUGAGUAUGACCCUGAGGCCAAAGGCCGCAUCAAGCACUUGGAUGUGGUUACACUGCUUAGACGGAUACAACCACCUUUAGGAUUCGGUAAGCUGUGCCCACAUAGAGUGGCCUGCAAGCGUUUGGUAUCCAUGAAUAUGCCUUUAAACAGUGAUGGUACAGUUAUGUUCAAUGCAACCCUCUUUGCUUUGGUUCGAACUGCAUUAAGAAUCAAAACUGAAGGAAAUUUGGAACAAGCAAAUGAGGAACUUCGGGCAAUUAUCAAGAAAAUAUGGAAACGUACAAGUAUGAAGUUGCUGGAUCAAGUUGUACCACCAGCAGGAGAUGAUGAAGUUACUGUUGGGAAGUUCUACGCCACAUUCCUAAUCCAGGAUUAUUUCAGAAAAUUUAAGAAGCGCAAAGAACAGGGUACCGUCGGGAAAGCAGUGCAGAAAAAUGCACUUUCUUUACAGGCGGGUCUGCGUACUUUGCAUGACAUUGGCCCUGAGAUUCGUCGAGCCAUAUCAGGGGACCUGACAGCAGAAGAAGAACUUGAGAAAGCAAUGGCAGAGGCUGCUUCAGCUGCAUCUGAGGAUGAUAUUUUCAGGAGGGCAGGUGGCUUAUUUGGUAACCAUGUUGGCUAUUAUCCAACUGAUGGCAGAGGCACAUUCCCUCAGACUUUCACCACUCAGCGUCCUUUGCAUCUCAAUAAAUCAGGAAUCUCUCAAGCUGAGACAGAGUCGCCAUCCCACGAGAAACUGGUGGAUUCGACCUUCACUCCAAGCAGCUAUUCCUCAACGGGGUCAAAUGCCAACAUUAACAAUGCGAACAACACUGCAAUAUCCAGAUUCCCAAGCCCAGUCAAUUAUCAAAGCACUGUCAGUACAGUGGACGGCCAUGGUAACUCCCUGACGUCAGCACUCCUACUGCAAGGCACAGCAUGGAAAAUCAAUCCCAAAAGGACAUGGUAUUAUGAAACACUUAUCCGCUCGUACUCUAAAGAUAGUCAUUUGCCCAUCAUUCAGCGAGAGGAAGUAUCCCCUGAUGAGACAUGUGACGAAGACUUCAAUAAAGAUACUGAUUGCUGCAAUGAAGAGAGCAUGUUCUCUUCACAAUUAAUUUCCUAUCAAGAAGAAUGUGGUGAUAAUCAGCUGGGUCAAUCAACAGAUUUCUGUGAUAAAGACAGCUUUUCUCCUUCAAAGGGACUACUUUCAGCAAGAUCAUUAGGAAGAAGAUCGUCAUUUCACCUUGAGUGCCUGAAGAGACGGAAAAGUCAAGGCUUGGACAUAACUUGCACACCACCACUCUCUCAAAAGACUGCACUACCACUUCACUUAAUUCAGCAUCAGGCAUUGGCAGUGGCAGGUCUAAACCCACUGGUAAGAAGAAGCCAUUCUCCAACUCAGUUUGCCAGACUCUGUGCAACACCUCCAGCAACACCAUGCAGCACACGGAGAUUAAGACAGCAUAUUCCAGCGUUAUUCGUAGAUGGCAUUGAAUCGUAUGAGAAACUAAACAGCAGCCUUCCAUCUGUAAACUGUAGUUCCUGGUGCUCUGACAACACAAGUGGAAGUGUUAGAAAGGCCAGGCCAGUCUCUCUGACUGUACCCUCUCCCUUCAGGGAAAAGGGGCCUGACUGUCAUGGCAGUGCUAGUAGUUUAGUAGAGGCGGUUCUGAUCUCGGAGGGGCUUGGUCGAUAUGCACGAGACCCAAAAUUUGUUGAGGCAACAGCCCAUGAAAUUGCUGAUGCCUGUGAUAUGACAAUCGAGGAGAUGGAAAAUGCUGCAGACAACCUGCUCAAUGGGAACACUAAGGCAAGCCCAAAUGGCAAUCUGUUACCCUUUGUAAACUGCAGGGAACACCAGCAACAGGAUAUUGUGCAAGCGUGCAUGGAAGUGGAGCAGGACCAUGGGAAAAAUGAGGAGGAACUUACAGAUGAGAUGGCUUAUGUAAGCACUCUGUAGUGACAGGAAAUAGUUUUUAUUAUUUGCUUAAAUCAGUUUGUUUCAGAAGUGCCUCACUGUUCUUGUGACCUGAAGUAACCAGAACAGCUGCUUUCUUCAUUUGCUGUUGUAAAUUGGGAGUAGAGCUGUUAAAGCUCUGAGGUUUUUUUAAAAAAAAUUAAAACUGUUAUAAAAAUCAUGACUUCAGGUAGCAAAAUGGCAUUACUUUUGAACCUGCAGCAGAAACGCUACCCAACAUCUCAAAUUUGCUAAAAACAUGUCAGGGUCAUGAGAGUAUAGGUAGGACCCUGAGGAUCCUGGGUGUCCAAAGGCGUUGUUUGUAUAUCUGAAUGGUUGGCCAAACAUUAUCCUGAUUUUUUUUUGUUUAACAGAUAGGAAUGCUAAGAGGAAAUACACACAAUAUAUUUUGUGAAGAAUUUGUCCCUUCUGCCACAGAAUACCUCAGAAAGCAAAAUCCCGUAUACUCUGAUUUUUUUUUAAAAGGGAUGGGUGGUCUGUUGGGAAGUGAUGAAUGAAGAAAUGUAUAGAAUUAGUGAGUGACUUUAGCUAUCCCUGAUAUAGCUUUUGAUGAUGGAGAACAUGUUGGUGUGAUAGCCUCUCUGAGAGUGCUUACAGUUUAUCCCACUUUACUGCUCAGUCAUGAACUGUUUGGUGUUCAGUUCAAAUGUUCUUUUCCACUAAGAUUGCAUUCUGAAUGCAGGGUCAAUUCUUACUUUGAUGUGGCUUGUUUUGUGUUUUAGCAAUCUUUGGCCAGCCACUUCCUACUUUUUCAUUUAUUGUGAUUGAUUUUUUUCUUCAAUUCUUUGUUGUUUUGUAAUUCACUGAGGAGUUCAUUAUUAAGUGGAAUCACCCUGUGUUCCUAUAGUUUGCAUCCCCUAACGGGAAAAAAAUAACAUUUUAGGGAAUUGCACAUUAUUUAAUAUCGGUAACUUUCAGUAUCACGAUUCCAAUUAAAUACAUACCAUCUACCCAUGGACUGCUCAGAUCUUGCAUGACAUUUCAAAUCAAUUUUAAUUUUAGUUAAACACUUAAACAGUUAACCCAUGGCAGAUGUUUUAUUGAAGUGGUGAUUAAUCGGUCUGUUGUCAAAAAAUCAUCCCCUUGCCUGCCACAAGAUAUGCAAAAACAAUGCAAUAAAGUGUUACUGUAAUCAAGACUAUAAACAUAUUAACUUAAAAACAUAGAUUAUAUAUGUAUGAAUGUGUGUAUAUAUGCAUCACACUGAAUAGAUAUAACUAUGAAUUUAUAUAUAAAUAUUAUAUUCACUGUGAUGUUUCUUGUACCUGUUUUUGUUUAAAAACCUGUAAUACUUGAAUUCAGGUCAGUUGAAGUAUUUGAAAAAAAGACAAAAAAAACAGUGCAUUUUUAAUGAAUUUAUUGAAUACGCUGGUGUAUAUUUGAUGCAUGGAAACCACUCAAGUAUUCAAAUCUGCCAAGCUAUAGAAUAUAUAUGUAUAAAUAUAUAUACUUAUUUUAACUUCUAAAAGAUUUCUAAAUCUGAACCAAGUAAACAUUUUUAAUGGAAAUUAAAAGUGUACAUAUUGUAGUUACUAUGAUAUGGCAACUAUACCUAGUUAACAAAUACUGAUUUUGCAUAUCUUGUGUUCAUUUGUCGUUGUAUUGAUUGUUGCUUUUAGUUUUCACCCCGUUUUGCAAUCUCUCAGAACACAUGAGAGUUUCUUCAAGGAAAUGAUUAUUUAUGCAUUUAGUUUAUUUUUGUUUCCUUUGACUCUUUCAAGUGGCAGUAACCUGUUCCUGUGCCUUUAAUAAAUUGGAAUCUCAGCUUUAUCUUUAAAUUGUAAAUUUCACAAGUUUGUUUGGUUCCCAACAGUGAGCCUGUGUUUUCUAGAGUGGGGAAAAAAGCUUUUAGAAUGCAACAAAAACAAAAUAUAAAGCCAAGUAUAAAACCUGAGUAUAUUAAUGCCACUUUGGUUAGCACGUCUUAUUCAAAAAUUCCUUUACUUCUCCCAUUAAGGGUUUUUCACAAAUGAAGAAAGAUUUAUUACUUUUCAUAUAUGUAGCUAAAUUAUAAGAUAAAUUAAAUUGUAUAUGUAGAUCUAUAUUCAACCAGAUGGUGUCAUUGCAUCCAACAUGCACUGCAAGAAAAUUAAGAAAAGGCUACCCUGUUUGAAAACAGAAACUGCAGUGUUCUGAAUUGGUGCCUUGCAUCAGUUAAAAUUAUUUGCAAUGACCUUAGUCUUGAAAUUGUCUAAACACAGUUCUAAAAAGUAUAUUACUUAGCGACAUGAAUUUCUGAAAAUAUUAAUCAAACAACCUUCAUUUUGUAUAAUAAGUGUAAGAAAUUAGAGGUGUGAAGGUUCUAGCAUCAUAAAUAUGAAAUACAUAAUCAAUCUGCUGCUAAAGGCAUCAUUAGGUAUGCUAACCUAACCUAAGUUGCACAUUAUAAUUAUUAAUUUAAAGUAGAUUUUUAUGUAAUUUAUAAUCUGAUCUUUCUCAUGGUGAAAGCUAUGGAGAAUAUCCUUUAAACUCAAUGGCAGCAUAAUUGUGUAAGAACUGAUUUUCAAAUGCAAGUAUUUUUCCUUAAAAAUCUGUCUAAUAGUCAAACUGAUCUCCAUGUACAGAGAAAACGCCAUGCAACAAACACCUUAUUUGACCUUGAUAUUUAUUUUAUGGUUUAGGUGAAAACAAAUUACAUCCAACACACCUAAUCUGAAUAGAAAAUAUUUUCCAAUAACUCAAAAACUAUACAUCUUGCCUGUACAAUA